AUGCGCUACUCAUUCACACUCGCUUCAUUGGGCCUGAUCUCCUCGGCUCUGGCCAUCACCAUCACUACUCCAUCAUCAGACACCGAAUGGGACUUUUCCACCCCCAAGACCAUCAAGUUCACUAGCGACUCCAGCGAUCCUGACUAUAUCAGUAUCAUCCUGCGAACCGAGGAUGGCUCUUUCCAGACCAAGUUGGCGGACAACGUGAAGACCUCUGAGGGGGAAUACACGACCCAACCCAACCCUAGCAUUUCCAACGGAGAUGACUACGAGAUCCAGAUCAUUGAUUCAUCAGGCCAGCUCGCCGUGAGCUCGGUGUUCACAGUCGAAAAGGGUGCUUCCAACGACGGUACCACGUCCUCAUCCUCAUCCUCCUCCACUUCUUCAUCCUCCUCCUCCUCCUCCUCCUCCUCCUCCUCAUCGACCACUUCAUCGUCCUCCACGUCCAUCUCCACUUCCACCACCUCCACUACUCCCUCUACAACCAGUGAGAUCACUUCCACCUCAAUCACCAUCACCACCAUCACCACCACCACUCCAGGGUCGUCGACACCUGCGUCGUCGAUCACUCCUUUGUCUUCUUUAGGCAAGACCCUACUUCAUACACAACUGUCCGGUGAUCAUACUGACCGAGCUAUUCUUUUUGCCACAGGUACAAGCACCGCGGCGUCGUCCAAGGCGACGAUCACCACCGGAUCCUUGGCGUCGAGCUCCAACUCCACCAGCACUACCGCCACUGCCGCCGCGCAGCAGUCGGUCGGCGCGGCGGCGCCUACCUCCGGUGCUCCCAAGGGCGCGCUGGCUCUGCUUGGCGCUGUCGUCGCGCUGUUCUACGCUUGA